UAUGUAUGUACAUGCGAGAAUGUGCAAAAAGUGAGUGUCGAAAUGAAAGCAAGCAAAGUAGAGCUCGGUUGAAGAGCAGUAAAAUCGAAAGCGAUAGUCCGCAGUGGAAAUUGGGACGACGAGGACAGUAACGGAAGGAAAUUCGCAUUCUGUGUAUGUGUAUAAAAACAAAAACAACAACAACAACAAGAGUGGCUACCUACGCACUGUGACUGCUGCCAGCGCCUAAUUAGUGCAUUGGGCGGAUACUCGAUGCAGGCAAAAGUCGUUGCCAACACCAACAACAACAACAAUUGCCGCAAUAACGGCAACAACAAUGUGAAGCUUUAACGAAGUCAUUCAUUUCUUUUCGCCAGCAAUGCACUUCAGAGCGUUCUCCAAUCAAAGGAUGAACUCGAAAUCAACGAGAAUGACUUGCGCUGCCGCUAAGUCAGCGAGAAAGUCAAAGCCAGAGUAGGCGUACGCUAUUAUAAAAAAGGAAUUGAAAGCAUAUACCGUUAUAUGUGUUUGUAUGAGAAGGGGAGAAUGUCAAGUAGUAGAAAGCUUGUAAAAAGUACGCCUUGCAUUAUUAAAAUUCCUUUCGUGCGCAGUCAAGAGGAAAACAUGACACAAAUUGCGGAACUCAAACCCCACAAUACGAAGCGCUACCGAAAUCAGCAACAACAACAACAACAAUAGCAGCAACAGCUAAAGCAGCAACACGGGCGGCAGCAACUUUUAAAUACAGCAACCGAGACCAAAAAAAACCAACAACAAAGUAAUAGCAAAAAGGCAGACCGAACUGCGCUCAAGCACGCCAACUUGGAAACUUAAGGAAAUUCGCAAACACACACACACACUCAUGUAUGCACACACAAAUACGUAAAUACGUAAUCAUAGCAGAAGCUCGCGUCUCACUUUAAAAUCGCCUUCAAUGCACAACACUCGCUAAUAGUGACUGCCAAGCUGAAGUGGGACCUUAGCAGUCGUUCUUUGCGAUUUAUGUUAAGGACAAGUGGCGCCAUUUGUUCAGUGCCUCCAUACUCGAGUCACAACUGGCGACGACAACAACACAAGCACAACAGUAGCCAGUGAGCGUACCACAAAUGCGGUAAGGCGGCACGGCAACGGCGGUACAAGCGGUUUGUAAACAAACGCAGCCGCAACGAUUAACAAGGAUUCUUAGUUGCAUUGCCAGCCCCCCAUCUUGGGCUUGGCGUUUGGUACAUCAUACUCGCUACGUCAUAGCAACGUUUACUACGUCAGCAGGAAAAAAUAGUGCCGUAGGUGUUUAGCACAAUAGCACAGACGACGACUACGACAACGAAAACGGCAACGAGGACGUCGAGGACGUUGAGGACGACUCGGUACUUGAGGACAGUGACGCUGUGGCAUUCGGCUCGGCAUGGGUGACCUGCAAGCAACAAUUGAAUUUUCCGUUGAGCUCUAUAAAUUCUUCAAUGUUGACUUAUUUCAAAGAGGACUCUAUCAGGUGCGCUGCGGUCUACGUGUUUCUCCACGGCUCCCCGUGCAGGUGGAGACCAGCAUAGCAGACACACCGCAGAACAAUGCACACACGGCGGAAAUACACACACAGGCGCCAGCAACCACAAAUGGUUGCAAUGGUGGCGAUAGCAGUGGCGGUGAUGGCGGCGGCGGCGGCGGCGGCAGCAGCGAUGGCGAUGUGUUGCAAGAGCCGCGUGAACAGCAACAGGAUGCAUUGCCAAGCAUGUUGCAGAACGGCGGCAGCCUAUUGUCGGGAUCUGCAUGCAUAAUUAACGGUUGUGGCGCAUCGCGCGUCUUUCAGAUCCUCUACCGGAAUGAGGAAGUGACGCUGCGCGAUGUUAUACACUUUCGCACACACUUGUUGGUUGACAGCCGUCACUUGAAGGAAUCCAUUGAACGUGCGGAAUUCUCAUUGCAAUUGGAGUUGUGGUUUGGCGAACAAAACGGCACCAGCGCAUUAUCAUUGGCCUCCACACGCACCUUACAGCUGAAUUUCCAUCCAGGUCGAGGGCUCCAUUACCAUCUGCCGGUGCUGUUCGAUUACUUCCACUUGGCCGCCAUUAGCGUUGGCAUCCACGCCAGUUUAGUGGCUUUGCAUCAGCCCUACAUAAAGAAAACACUUUUCCGUUACAUGAAACUCUGCGCGCCUAAAAGCUCGAAAGCUUGGAGCGGCAAGCUGAACUGCCGUGGCAGUAUGUCGCCCGGUCCAUUGGAGGCGGUCUUUUUUGGGCCACAAAUUGUGGGCACCACCAAGUGCAGUGGCGGUCCCGCUGGACGUUUACUGCAAUCGCGUCAAAUACAUCACGAAGUGUGUAGCCUACUGUUGGGCGCUAUUGAGAAUCUCAAAGUCACGCUCAACGAGUUCAGCGCAGUGCUUACGAAGAGCAUGAAUAAUCAAAUCGGCUCACCACCAUUACGCGAGAACGAUACCACGGAGCGUUUGCAGCAUUUAACCGAAGAGGCGAAGCUUCACGACACCGAAGAAGAUUUCGCGAUUCGUGCAAAUUCCGACAUCGCACAGCUGUGCGCCGAGUGUAUCAUGUACUGGCGGCGUGUCUUGCUCGCCUCCUCACAAACGGCCGUGCAUACACUGCUCGCCAAAAAACAUCAUAUACUGCGUGUGCAACGCUUUGCGGAAGGGUUUUUUGUCAACGAGAACCCGCGUCAUUCGGCGGCCGGUUGCUAUGAUAGCAACUAUCAGAAUUAUGUAGCCAUCGCAGAAAUGGCACGUCGUAGCCGUUAUCUACAGUCGCUGCCACCGCUACCGGUACACUGCACGCCGAUCGAUGGUGAUGCGAGCUCUUUACCAUUGAUAUUUGAAGAUCGCUAUGUCGAACCGCCGAACUAUACGCGUCGUCGUACCGGCAGCGAUCCGCAUUUAAAUAGUCACGAGAGUUUGGUGAGCUCUUGUGGCAGCAACACAACGCCCAAACUACCACCACCGCCAGCAGCGAGCAUGCUCGAUAAGACACACUCCGUUAACAGCCUCAGCGGGCGUAGUACUAAUUCCAAAGAAUGCUCGUGUACCGUAAAUUUUGAUUAUCAGAAUAGUCCCGGCUGUGUGGCUGGCGUGCUGACGCCACGUUUCGCUUUGGGUGGUGAAGUAUUGCAAGCAAGUCUCACUAUUUCAACCACAGCAGCGGCCAAAGCACCGAGUAAUAGCGCGCUAAACCAUCGACAGAUGUCGCGGCACUCUGUUACCGGUCUACUUGAGGCUGACGAUGAUUCAGUGACUGCAAAGGAAUGCAGUUACAAUGCUAAUAGCACGCUGCCAGCGCGGCACAGCAAGUCAUUGGACCAACUGGAUGGCACAGUCCACAGCACGCCCUCCUUGCGCACACACAGCCACACACAACAGCUCAACAUGCAUGGUUCCUUACAAACGCAAUCAGAUUCAAAUUAUAAACACUUUAGUGAUGGCGCCAGCGUAUCCAGUUUGGCCAACAAGGUCGAACAAUCGGCGACGCGCAAGCAUAAAGCACAAGCUGAAGAUCUCAUGCGCAAUAUUUCCGAGUUCCGUCAGAAGUACAAGAACUGUGAAGAUGGUACACGCUGUGAGACCAAACUGCAUUUAAAUGGACACGCUAAGACCACAAAUAAUCUAGCUGUAAAUGGUUGCAACCGUGCCGACGUAAGCACACUUAAUCGGCAGUUAAGUACGGGAAAAUUCGAUUAUUUGCACGAGAUACGCAUGCUGAACUCACCGAAGCAGCUAACGCUAUGCUCACAUUACAACUCGUUGCCAAAAUACAAUGGGAAUGGCUUGAUACCGCCGCGAAACUCAUAUCCACCCAUUAAGUCCAAGAAAAUAAAUGGUUGUAAAGAGAACGAAGCCAAAGCCGCCAAGCAGAUAGUGACGCCAAUACAACAACACACAAUACCGCGUAGCAGCUCUUCACAAGCCUUACGUCAGAAGUCCCAAGGCGAUGUAAGCAGUCAAGCAGAGUAUGCGUCAACCAUACCGCGUUCGGUUGAGAUCGCACGGGUGCGUGUCUCCGAUCUCAAAGAAAUGUUGAAGAACGGCACACUCAAGAAGGAGUCAAGUAGUUCUGAAAGUGAUAUACCCUCGAAAGUGCAGUCCUCGAAAAGUAGUGACAAUAAAAUGCUCUCUUCUCUUAGUGUACCAUUUAAAUUAGAGUCGCUGAAUACGACUAGCAGCGAACAGAAUACUAGUGGCUUUAGCGAAUCAUUACCGAAUCUGGCGCCACCACCGCAAUUCGAUGCGAACACGGGACAAAAGCGAAAACUUGUGCUAAGCAAUUCCACGUCGUCGUUGAGUGAGGAGAGUGGUUGGGUGUCGAGUCGGCGCAGUUCACUCGGUCCAUCUAGUCCAGAGACCAUUACAAAUAACGAAAAAAACGAAAAGAAUGAACAAGCACAUAUCAAUGGUAUGGAGACUCGCUUAAAUGGCGAGCAACUACGUCUUAAAUUACAACAACUAUUGGAUCAGCAAACUCAAAAGAAUAUUAAAAAGCACAGUACAGCAAAACAGUCGAGUCAAAAUCACAAAAACAAUGCCGCAAACAAUGAAAUAUCGAUACAACGUAAGGUCUCAUCCGUAACGCUGAAGAUGAAACCAGACUUUAAUAGAACCGAAUUGCAUUUACGACGCCGUCUGCAGCAUUUAACGAAUGGCGAAUCCACGGAAACGGAUGAUUUAGAAAUCCCUGCACGGCGCGAACGUUUAAGACAUGGCAAACACGAAAAAUCCAAAUCAGAUUUCGAUCUAGCUAGUUUAAAAGAAAACACACCACUAGAGAAUGUGCGCGUACCGCCACCACAGCAGUUCCAAGAUGAUUUGCUGCCACCCGAUGAAUUUCGUGAUCCACCAUUACCCGGUACACAUGAGAAAUUUACGACAGACACAACGAUUCCCACAAAUACAACAACCAUAAUCUCAACAAGACAUGGUAACAAUAAGAAAACUCCUUCCACGCAGUCCGUAACGUCGAAAAUACAGUCAAGCAACGAAAUCAAGUUGAUGCCGACACAAAUACCUAAAACAAAGCUAAAGCAUCAUCAAAGCUUUAAUAUCAGUCCAAAGAAGAAUCAGAGUCGGCCGUCGCAUACAACAACAGUGCAGACACAAAAUCUAUACGCAAUGCAAAAAUCUUCGCCGACGACGACACUUCUUGCGAAACCGUCCCAAAUAAAAGAAAUUGCCACCCCGGAUCAAAGCCUUUUAAAACUCAUGGAGCCCUCGCAUGCUAUCGACAACCCAGUCUAUCACAUAUACGAAUCGUUGAAACCCAUCGCCACACCCGCCAUAUUCACAAACAAACCGUUAUUAAAGUCACACAGCAUCUUGGAGCUGAAACAUAGUCAUCAGCCGUCGAGUGAACUCUACAACAACCACUGCAGAUCAACACCGCAUCAUCACAUCGCCAACAUAAACAAUGGUGUUACGAAUGUGACCCACAAUGGGCACGGCCACAGCCAUAUGCACAGUCAUGAGCAUACCAACGAUCACACCAUACAUACGCAUGCGGUUGAACUCACCGAGGACGAAGAUAAAGAGAAUACCAGCAACACACAAAAUAAAGCCAUAGUGGCGCGAACCGAUAGCCAAAAGUCGAACAGUUCCAAGGUGUUGGUUAAACGCACAAAAACCGCUGCCGUCGUCGGUAGUGGUCAAGAUUCCAAUGUUUCACUCAUGGAGUUUGAAAAGUAUCGUGAAGAAUUUCGCAAACAGAUCAAAUAUACCGGUAGCAUUUAUUCGGACUUUGCUAAGCUGGCUUCCGAACUGCCAUACUUUAGCAUUUGCGAUGAGUAUCGCGCCUUUUCGCCCAACGGUAUGCAUUUAAUUAUCUGUGUUCACGGGUUGGAUGGAAACGCCGCCGAUUUGCGACUCGUGCGUACUUAUCUAGAGCUCGGUUUGCCCGGCGCUAAUUUGGAGUUUCUAAUGUCGGAGCGCAAUCAAGGCGAUACGUUUUCCGAUUUUGAAACAAUGACCGAUCGGCUUGUAGCUGAGAUACUAUAUCAUAUAGAAACAUGUGGUCUGAAUCCAACACGCAUUUCAUUCGUCGCACACUCUUUAGGUACGAUCAUAGUACGUAGCGCUUUGGCGCGUUCGCAAAUGCGUCCAUUACUACCGCGUCUACACACAUUCCUAUCGCUGUCUGGACCACAUUUGGGUACGCUAUACAACACUAGCGGGCUUGUCAAUAUGGGCAUGUGGUUCAUGCAGAAAUGGAAGAAAUCCGGCUCACUUUUACAGCUUUGUAUGCGCGACACAUCGGAUCUACGCAAUACGUUUUUAUAUCGUCUUAGCCAGCGCAGCACCCUGCAUCAUUUCAAGAAUAUACUGCUCUGCGGUUCGAGUCAAGAUCGUUAUGUGCCAGCGCAUUCGGCCCGUCUGGAGCUCUGCAAAGCCGCCAUACGUGAUAACUCCAAUCUGGGCACGGUUUACAGGGAAAUGAUACACAACAUAAUCGCACCGAUAUUGGCUCGUCCCGAAUUGCAGUUAGCGCGUUACGACGUCCAUCAUGCACUUCCGCAUACAGCAAAUACGCUCAUCGGUAGAGCAGCGCAUAUUGCUGUACUCGACUCGGAAUUAUUCAUAGAGAAAUUUUUACUGAUUGCCGGCUUAAAAUAUUUUAGUUAACCAAGAAAUAACUAGAAAUUUACCAACUACAAAUAGAGGAGAUAAAAAUUAGGUAUUGGCUUAAAAAAUACAUGGUACGAACACUUGGGUCACAUGUUGAAGCCGGUUUAGUUAAAAGCUAUUUUGUAGUCGUAGUUGUUGAUACACGCUUUAGAGGUAGUUAGGUAUAUAGCUGGUAACGGAGGAGUCACAUGACAUAGAAGAGAAAACUAUAACGAAGGAUUUGAGAAUUGGCUCGGCGUACAAAUUUUAUGUAUAUUUAUU